CUGAAGUUAUCAGUUAUGUCCAUGAUUUAAAUGGAGAUAAAAGAAGCUGAGAUUUGAAAAUUGUGGGCUUUGUGGCUUGUUGACACAUGCUGCUUUAAUCCCAGUCCUCAGGAGGUAGAGCAGGCAGUUCAAGGGCAGCCCGGUCCACAUAGUGUAUUCCAGGCCAAUCAGAACUACAAGAAAGACCCUGCCUCAAGCAACAAAACUAAACAAAACAGGAGAUUUUGAAAAAUCUUGAACUUUAGCUUUAAGGGACUUAGAGUGGACUUCAUGGGCAGUGAAAAAACCACAGGUAAAAUCCAUAAAUAAAAAUGUAUUGGCUUUAAAUUUUGCCUAGGGAGAGAUGCUUGCUGCUCUUCCAGAGGAUAUGAGUUUGGUUCCCAGCACUCACAUUGGGUAGCUUACAGUCAGUCUGUAACUCUAGCACAGGGGACCCAAAACUGUCUUCCUUGUCUCUACAGGGACCUGCACACCUGUGAAAUAUAUGCACACAGACAUAUAAAUAAAAGUUUUUUUUUUUUUUUUCCGGAGCUGAGGACUAAACCCAGGGCCUUGUGCUUGCUAGGCAAGCGCUCUACCACUGAGCCAAAUCCCCAACCCCUAAUAAAAAAUGAUUCUUAAACGACUCAGUGAUUUAGGACUCUAGAAGCCCUUUUGGAGGACCUGAGUUCAGUCACCUGUACCCAAGCCAGGCUCGCAGACAUCUAUCUAUAACUUCGGUUCUGGGGGAACUGUCUCUUUGCAGUCUCUGUAGGCACCACAUGCAUGUGUACAGUCCUCCACCAUGUAAAAACGAAUAGAUUAAAAAAUACUUUAAAGUUGAAAUUUCUGAUACGCACAAGCUAUUAGAACAGUUGUUAGUAACUACAUAUUUUGAUACACACCUUUAAUCAUACCUAGCACGUUCUUUAACUUUAUUUUUUGAGACUGUGUCCAGGGUGAGCUCCAAGUAGCAAGGUUGACCUUUAACAUUAGGCUUCCUUACUUCACAAAGCUAGAUGAGGUAGUGGACACCUAAAAUCCCAGUACUUUUGAAACUAAGGCAGGAGAAUCAAUAGUUCAAAGCCAAUGUAGAUUAUAUAUCAAAAAGCACACAUACACAUACAUACACAGUCUGAAACCACUUGUUUCUGUUUUGAAUUUUAGCUUUUUAUGGCUCCUUGAAAUGAUUUUUGAAACUUUACAGUACUUGACUAAGUGAAUAGAAGUGGCUCUCAGAGCUGGAGAGACGGUGUAGAAGAUCUUGCCAUUCAUCUGAAGAACAGAAGUACAUUAUAAAGUCCAACAUUUCCUGCUACAUUCCAUGAGGUCUGCUGCUGACGUGGAGGUGAGAUUGAAAAUGGAUAUAGCAACUCCCCCAACUUCCAAAUGCAUCACAUACUGGAAAAGAAAAGUGAAAUCUGAGUAUAUGCGGCUUCGGCAGCUCAAACGGCUCCAGGCAAAUAUGGGAGCAAAGGCUCUGUAUGUGGCAAAUUUUGCAAAGGUUCAAGAAAAAACCCAAAUCCUCAAUGAAGAAUGGAAGAAACUUCGUGUCCAGCCGGUUCAGCCAAUGAAGCCCGUGAGUGGGCACCCUUUCCUAAAAAAGUGUACCAUAGAGAGCAUCUUCCCAGGGUUUGACAGCCAGGAUAUGUUGAUGAGGUCUCUGAACACGGUUGCAUUGGUUCCCAUCAUGUAUUCCUGGUCCCCUCUCCAGCAGAAUUUCAUGGUGGAAGAUGAGACGGUUUUGUGCAAUAUUCCCUACAUGGGUGAUGAGGUGAAGGAAGAAGAUGAAACUUUCAUCGAGGAGCUGAUCAAUAACUAUGACGGCAAAGUCCACGGAGAAGAAGAGAUGAUCCCUGGAUCUGUGCUGAUCAGUGAUGCUGUGUUUCUGGAGUUGGUAGAUGCCCUCAAUCAGUACUCAGAUGAAGAGGAGGACGGCCACAACGACCCCUCCGAUGGAAAGCAAGAGGACAGCAAAGAGGACCUGCCCGUAACGAGGAAGCGGAAGCGCCACGCCAUCGAAGGCAACAAAAAGAGUUCCAAGAAACAGUUUCCAAAUGACAUGAUCUUCAGCGCCAUUGCUUCCAUGUUUCCUGAGAAUGGUGUCCCUGACGACAUGAAGGAGAGGUAUCGAGAGCUGACAGAGAUGUCAGACCCCAAUGCACUUCCCCCUCAGUGCACACCCAACAUCGAUGGCCCCAACGCCAAGUCAGUGCAGCGGGAGCAGUCCCUGCACUCUUUCCACACCCUUUUCUGCCGGCGCUGUUUUAAAUACGACUGCUUCCUUCACCCUUUCCAUGCCACCCCUAAUGUAUAUAAACGCAAGAACAAAGAAAUCAAGAUUGAGCCAGAACCAUGUGGCACAGACUGCUUCCUUUUACUGUGGAGGACAUGUGCUGUCACAGUGGAGGACAUGUGUGCUGUCAGAGUGGAGGACAUGUGUGCUGUCACAGCGGAGGACAUGUGUGCUGUCACAGUGGAGGACGUGUGUGCUGUCACAGCAGAGGACGUGUGUGCUGUCACAGUGGAGGACGUGUGUGCUGUCAGAGUGGAGGACGUGUGUGCUGUCACAGCGGAGGACGUGUGUGCUGUCACAGCGGAGGACAUGUGUGCUGUCACAGUGGAGGACGUGUGUGCUGUCAGAGUGGAGGACGUGUNUGCUGUCACAGCGGAGGACGUGUGUGCUGUCACAGUGGAGGACGUGUGUGCUGUCAGAGUGGAGGACGUGUGUGCUGUCAGAGUGGAGGACGUGUGUGCUCACAGGGGCACCAGCAAACUGCAUUCCAUACGUUUGUGUUUUCUCCCUUGCUCAGAGGCUAACUCUCGCUGUCAGACCCCCACGAAACAGAAAGCCAGUCCAGCCCCAGCUCAGCUCUGUGUUGUGGAAGCCCCCUCAGAGCCUGUGGAAUGGACUGGAGCUGAAGAAUCUCUUUUCCGAGUCUUCCAUGGCACCUAUUUCAACAACUUCUGCUCAAUAGCCAGGCUUCUGGGGACAAAGACAUGCAAACAGGUCUUUCAGUUUGCAGUCAAAGAAUCACUUAUCCUAAAACUGCCAACAGAUGAGCUCAUGAACCCUGCACAGAAGAAGAAAAGAAAACACAGGUUGUGGGCUGCACACUGCAGGAAAAUUCAGCUGAAGAAAGAUAACAAUUCUACACAAGUGUAUAACUACCAACCCUGUGACCACCCGGACCGUCCCUGUGACAGCACAUGCCCCUGCAUCAUGACCCAGAACUUUUGUGAAAAGUUCUGCCAGUGCAGUCCAGACUGCCAGAAUCGUUUUCCUGGUUGUCGCUGUAAGACUCAGUGCAAUACCAAGCAAUGUCCAUGCUACUUGGCAGUUCGUGAGUGUGACCCUGACUUGUGCCUUACCUGUGGGGCCUCAGAGCACUGGGACUGUAAGGUGGUGUCUUGCAAAAACUGCAGCAUCCAGCGUGGCCUCAAAAAGCACCUGCUGCUGGCCCCUUCCGAUGUGGCCGGAUGGGGCACCUUCAUCAAGGAGUCUGUGCAGAAGAAUGAAUUCAUUUCUGAAUAUUGUGGUGAGCUCAUCUCUCAGGAUGAGGCUGAUCGACGAGGGAAGGUCUAUGAUAAAUACAUGUCCAGCUUCCUCUUCAACCUCAACAAUGAUUUUGUAGUGGAUGCUACCCGGAAAGGAAACAAAAUUCGCUUUGCAAACCAUUCAGUGAACCCCAACUGUUAUGCCAAAGUGGUUAUGGUGAAUGGAGAUCACCGCAUUGGGAUCUUUGCCAAGAGAGCAAUUCAGGCUGGUGAAGAGCUCUUCUUUGAUUAUAGGUACAGCCAAGCUGAUGCCCUCAAGUAUGUGGGCAUCGAGAGGGAAACGGAUAUCUUCUAGCCCUCUGGGCCCCGUGCCAGUGCUGUGGUGUCAGCACUGUCAUGGCUUCAGGCACACACCACUGCUGCUCCAGCUCCUGCAAUGUCUUCCAUGCUGAGAAACCCCACCCACCCUGCAUAACUAGGCCUCCACUUUAUUCCAAGGGGACACACUGCCUCAGUGAGAGGGGAAACAGAGGCGGUGAAGACCUGGUCUCCCGGGAGAGUUCAGAUGUAAGAAGCUGCACUUCCGUGUUAAGAGGAGGAGAUGGUGGGCUUGGGAUGAUAUCAAUGCUUGAGUUUUCCUCAGCUCCCAAGCUGUGGGCCCUCAGGAACCAACCAGUGCUACCAUUUUAGCUUUCAAGAGUUCUAUGUCACUGACUGUGCUCAGGGUUAAAGGUGAGCCUGGCAAGCAUUGCAGACAGAACUCAAAGGGAGAUGUGUCUCCAUGCCAUCAAAGCAGGAAUUUAAGGAUACAGGAAGGAAAGCUAAGUUCCCUCAUCUUGUGAACACAGAGCCAGCUAGACCCUGGGGAAAGGCCUAGCUUAUAGAUUACGGGGGUGGCAGGGUGUUUCAGGCUCCCAGGAGCAUGUGCCAGUGACCCACUCCUUCCAAAGUUCUGGCUCAGUGGCAGCAUGCCUAAGCUGUAGCUGAGCAUGGUUGGGAGUGAGUACUCUGGGUGAGUGAAGCUGCAGCUGUCCCCACCCUCCACUCCUCAGUGGCUUGUCCAUGGAGCAGCUUGCUGCUUUCUUCAGGGUAGCUGAGCCUAAUCUAGGCUAGAGGGAGAUGUUGCUGGUCUGUUUUACUCCGUCUUUAGUACCUGCUUUUGGUUGUGUUUGCGGGUGGGUGUGGGGUGCCAUUGCACAUUUAGGAGCAUGUCACAGUGCAGGGUAGACUGGCAGGCAGACCACCAUUCUCUGGGAUUCAUAGAGAACAAAGCACUUUAACUCUUUUAGAAGGUUGAUAGAUUGGAGUGGGGUUUGAGCCAAGUCUCUGCCCGAAUCCCACUUCUGAAGGAGUUAGAGGAGAGUGGAAGAUUCUGCAGUUUAAUAUCAUCUGAGAGGCAGGAGGAGCUGUCUUGACACAAGAACUAAAACUAGUCAGCGUAGCUACCUUGGGUCUGGUGUGCCUGCCAAGUAGAGCAUGUGCUGGAAAGGGCACUUGGGUAGAUAGAGACUGCCCUAGGUAGGGUUAGAAUGGGGCACAAGCUUCUUGCUUCCUGGAGAACCAGAGCUCCUGUGGUCCUUGCUAACCAUUCCCUUUUCCCACCAAAGAAACCAGACUCCCUUCUACCACACUGCCUCUUAGAGAUCUGCAUGGGAUAUACAUGCUUGUGCGCAUACUCACUCCUUCACUACACUGGUAGGCCCAUGUGUACCUCACACUCAGCACACACUCUACAGCUCCUCACAGUAGUCUCUCCCACACCCCCAUUGGGCCAGUCCCCACCCAGUUCUGAAACUGACAUCUGCUGGGGGGUUAUGUCUGUUGUGUGUAUCAGGGUUACCCUCCAGCCUAACUAUAGGGUCUGACUUACUCAGUUCUGGGAAACCAGAGACUGGUGGAGGGGCUGGUCAUGAGGAAUGCUUUAAAACAUGGCUCUAGACCUCAGCCUCCCUCAGCAAGCAUCACUGGCAGCCAGCCCUCCUCCAGGUUAAUACUACUCAUGCUCCUCCAGCCGCCCACUCUUGGUUCCUGCUGUCCUCUAUUUUUAAUGACGGGUUUCACCCCUCCUCUCCACUUCUGCCCCACGUCAUGUGGUAGGUAAAGUGAGGUGCUGUGGACUGGUGGGGAACUGGCGUACAUGCGGCUUUAUUGCCAGUGAAUUUCUUGCACUUUAAAGUCCUGUGGCUUGUGACCUCUUAUCUAAUAAAGUGUUAAGACUCCA